GUGGUGGUGUUGGAGGUCCUGCCUGCUACAGCCGGGGUGGCCGCCGGUCCGACCGGGCCAAUAAACAGCACGCCAGGGGGCCACAUCGGUCUUUUUUUGCAGGGGCCUCCUUCCUGACUCCAUAUUGAAAUGUGCAGGAGAAGAGGAAGGGGGGGUGGGGGGAUCGUGGGCGGGGUCCCGGCUGUACCUUAUAAAGGAGUAGAAGUGGGACCGGCCGCUGUCCUCACGCCGUCCUGCGCUCCCGCCUGACACGCUCCGGGCCUGCACGUCACGUCACUGGCCUCCACGUCUGCACACAGCUGGGAAACAAUGGACCCAUGAACUUUGAGUCACUUGACACAACUUUCCACGUUAACGGAGCUUUUUUUUUUUUUUUUACGUGUCAUCAAGGAUUGUAACUUUUUUUUUUUAAACAGGGAAAAAGUGUCACCCAAAAAAAGUGUUAAAGUGCGAGUAGCUCGUCCGGUUCCUCUCAGUGUUUCUUUGUGGGGAUGUUGAGCUCUGUGAAGAUGGAAGCCCACGACCUACCUGAGUGGAAUACUUUCUACAGCGAGGCCAGCGAGAUGUAUUCCUCGCCCAGCAGCAUGAACUCCGCCCUGGCUUCCGUCAGCUCCAUGGGCCCCAUCAACAGUUACAUCAACCUCAACCCGACGGGUGGCGGCAGUGGCGGCAGCCUGAACAUGGCGUACCCUGGCUCGGGCCUCAGCACAUCCCCACUGACCUCCAUGGGCUCGGGCCCGGCCCACAUGCCACUCUCACCGGUAGCGCCCUCCCUGGGCUCGGGCUCACUCACCCAGCUGGGCCCGAGUGCCACCCAGGGCUCCCUGUCCCACUACGGGAACAUGGGCCAGUCCAUGAGCCAGCUGGGCUACCCGUCAGGCGCCUCUCUAGGCCGCGCCGCGCCCAAGGAGAUCCCGCCCAAGCCGUACCGCCGCUCGCUGACACACGCCAAGCCGCCCUACUCAUACAUUUCGCUCAUCACGAUGGCCAUACAGCAGAGUGGCAGCAAGAUGCUCACCCUCAACGAGAUCUACCAGUGGAUCAUGGACUUGUUCCCGUACUACCGGGAGAACCAGCAGCGUUGGCAGAACUCCAUCCGCCACUCGUUGUCCUUCAACGAUUGCUUCGUCAAGGUGGCUCGCUCGCCCGACAAACCGGGCAAAGGCUCCUACUGGACUCUGCACCCACAGUCGGGUAACAUGUUUGAAAAUGGUUGCUACCUACGACGCCAGAAACGCUUCAAAAUCGACGACAAGGUAUCCAAAAAGGGGGCAAAGGAGGGUGGUAAGGCGGGCGACCGCAGCCCGGCGGGCGGAGGCUCGGACGAAGCUGACUCAGCCCACUCGGACAACUCCCACCCGGGUUCGUCCGACGACCAGUCACUACCCCGCGGGACCGCCGGCAACGCCUUGCUGGUGCCGCUCGACUGCCCACCGCCACCUCCCGCCCCUACCGCCAUGCCACCCACCUCCUCGGCUGCCAUCUUCCACUCCCAGUCCACCCACCUCCUACCCAGCCCGAUGGGGCCGCACAUGGACCUACAGAGCGACGCCCUCAAGUCCCUGGACCCCCACUACAACUUCAACCACCCCUUCUCCAUCACCAACCUCAUGUCCAAUGAGCAGAAGAUGGACCUCAAGUCCUACCAGGACCAGGUGAUGGCGUACAACAGCUAUGCCACGAGCGGCUCACCUGUGGCCGCCAAGCAGAUCUACGACAGCCCUGGACCGGCAGCCAUGGACUCUGGUGCCUACUACCAGACUCUCUACAGCCGCUCCGUGCUCAACGCAUCGUAAUCUAACACAAUACAAGAUGGAAGCUUGCUGAACAGACUCGAAAAUGGCCAACGUGUACGCAAAGCCAUCUGAGCCUCUUUUCCAUAUCCUUGAGAUCCAUUUUAAUGUCCGUGUACUAGUACGUUCGUUACCAUCACUAGUAAGACAAUACAACCCCUGGAAGAAUGAUUGUGUUUUACUCAUAAUGUUUUUUUUUCAUGACUUGCGUCCUCCGGUACGUAAUGAAACCUUACCCGUAAACUACUUAGCUGAACAGUAACACUAGUAGGCCCAACUGGACAAUUCAGCGCCCGAUUAGAAUAUAUCAAGAAAAUGGAAUAAAUGCUCAAAUGCAGGUUGAGCAUUUAUUCCACAUCCGUGAGAUCCAUCUUAAGGUCCAUGUACUAGUACGCUCUUUAGCACACUAGAAGAAUGCCUGUCUUAACGAGUAACGGUUUUUCCCACGACUGUCUGAUGAGAAAUGCUUCGUCCCGCUACUUGUGUCACUUUUGAUCUCCUAGUAUGCAAUGAAAUCUUAUCGGUUACCAUCACAAGGCCUAACUCAUAGGCAUGUGGCAUACAAUAGCAGACUCCUUAUCAAGGUUUUAUUCCAUGCCUCCCAUAUACUACUAGUGGAGCCAAUGAGCAUACCAGUCAAUGAACUUGAUGCUGGUUAUCAUGGAUCUGGAAUAAAUGCUCAGACGGCUUUCCCUAGCCACAUUACGAAGGACCACAUGUUUUUCUUUCCCCCUAUGGAGACUCUCUGGUUACAUCCAAUGAUGAAGAUGUUGACAACGAUGAAGAUAGAUUUUGUACAAAGUGUAAAUAGCGGGAAUGUGUGCGUAUGCGUGAGUGUGUAAAAUGGGUAUUUGCAUUUAUUUAUAAAGGGAAUACAUUUUAAUAUAUCUUAUAUUCUGCUUUGUCCAAACAGUUACAGACAUGUGCUUCAGGUGUUACUUUCACGCUUCAUGUUACAAAAGCCUGUUUUCAUCGCAUCCUAUACCGCUUGCCCCUUUUUAGUUUUAAUCUGGAAUAAGUGAUGUUCUGGAAUGAUUGAAUAUUCUGGGAUGCCGAAUGUCAUGGGACACAGACGUUCAAGUGUGGAAAGGUUUUAGAAUAGGUAUGUUCUGGAAUAAAUGGGUAUUCUGGAAUAAAACAAUUUUAUCAGGCAAGAAUAUCCUGGCAGAGAAAAAUACCGUAACUGUAAUAUUCUGAAAUGAAGGGAUAUUCGGGAAUAGGAAAUGUUCUAAAAUUGGGAAUGUUAUGGGACAGGAAUAUUCUGGUCUGGAAAAAAUGUAGAAUAGAAAUGGUCUGGAAUAUGGGGAUGUGCAGGAAUAGGAACAUUCUAAAAUAAGGAAUGUUAUGAGACGGUAAUAUUCUGGUGUGGGAGAGGUCUUGAAUAUGAAUGUUCUGGAUAUUAGUGCGCUGGGAUAAGCAUUGCUUGGAAAUAGGAAUGUGUCCUGGAAUUUGGGGAUGUUCUGACAAAAUGAAUGUUCUGGUAUGGGACACGGCUAGAAUAGGAAUGUUCAAGAUUCUGUUUGGGGAAUGUUCUGGAAUAGUAUAAAGUUCCUGAAUGAAUGACUAUUCUGGAAUAAGGAAUGUUAUGGGAAAGGAAUGUUCCGGUCUGGAAAAGAUCUAGAAUAGGAAUGUUGAGGAAAAAGUGUUAUGGGAAUAUUUCGGAACACACGUUUCAGAAUAAAUGACUAUUCUGAAUUAGGGAAUGUUAUGGGACACAAAUGUUCUGGUACAUCCAAAAUCUAGAAUAGGAAUAAAAAUGUUCUGGAAUAUGGGGAUGUUCUGGAAUUGUCAUGUUCCAAAAUAAAUUACAAUUCUGGAAAAAAGGAAUGUUAUGGGACACGAAUGUUCUGGUAUGACAACAUUCUAGAAUAGGAAUGUUCUUAAAUCUGAAUAUUCUGGAAAAUGGAAGGUUUGAGAAAGGAAAUAGAUGGACUAUGGGGACAUUUGGUCUGAGAAUAUUGAACGAGAACACCAUUCAGAAUAGAUGACUAUCGUGGAAUAAGAACUAUGGGACAAGAAUGUUCUGGUAUGGUAAAAUGCGUGAAUGGAAAGGUUCUGGGGUACAAAUAUUCUCGAGUGAGGAGUGUUUGGGAAGAUCAAGGUUGUUUUGGAAUAUGGGGAUGUUUCGAGGAAGGAGGCAAAGCAAACUGUGGUAAAGACUUUCACAACGCAUUUAAUUUCCCCCUUGUUACCUGUUUGAGUGGGUUGGCUUGGACCAGGCCAGUCGUCGAGGGGAGAGUGUGUGUGUGUGUGUGUGUGUGUGUGUGUGUGUGUGUGUGUGUGUGUGUGCGUGUGAAGCUAGUUACUAAUACGAGAAGAGAGGAGAGAUGCACUAUGGGAGAUUUACAUACAGUACUUUGCACUAUGGAGCUCCCACUGGCCAGGUGGGCUGAUAGUGUGCAUGUGUGUUGGUGUAUGUAUGUGUGUGUGUGCGUGU